GAGAGAGAGAGAGAGAGAGAGAGAGUCCCGGUAUCUCUAUGGACGUGUGUGUGUGUUCGGUCAACGGAGCCACACACACACACACACACAAUUAGAGUCGCGAUCUUUGUUUCGUCUUUUCUUCUGUGAAUCGCGUCAAUAUUUUCUCACAGAAUCUCAGUGUGGAUUUGUUCUGAACCGGAACCGGAGCGGGAGGAGCAGGAGCAGGAGGAGCAGAAGGGGCAGCAGGAGCUGGAGCGGGAGCAGGAGGAGUAACGGCUCUCACCGGAGCUCAGUCACGAUCUGUGAGUGUGAUGGAACUCCUGACCCUGUGAGGGGGGAGGAGGACAAAAGAGCGAGGGAGGAGGACGAAUAACUCCAAAGGAAAGUGGAAGAAAGAGGACAAAAGAGAUUCCUGCUCGGCGCCAGGCGAGGACAAGAGUGGGCGGAGACGGAGAGGGAGGGAGGGAGCUUUGAAAAGAAGGAUUUGCUGGAUCUGUCGGGGGUGCAUGCUCCUCCCCCCUGACCCCCCCCUCCUCCUCCCACUUGGACGUCGUCCUCUUGUUUCUUUUUUCUUGGCCGAUAACAAAGGUGAAGAAUGUGUGGUGAAGUGAGAGUGGGCCCCCUGCUGGUGACCAGGGUUCUGGACGUGAGACUCUCCAGGACGUGCGCUCUUCUGCUCUUCUCACUCGUCACCAUGGCGACCUGGCUGCAGCCGCCGGUCCACGCCCAGGUGGAGAUCGACGCGCUGAGAGAGGGCGUGGUGUUGGCGGAGGCGGGAGGGCGCGGCGAGCUGGAGGCGUCCAUGUCCUCGUCUCUCCUACAGGAGUUCCGCGAGGUGACGGAGCGGAUCGGGGCGAUGGAGGGCGGAGCUCAGCAGAACAGUGCCCCGCCCACUGCCUUCCCAGACUCCUCAGCAGUGGUGGGUCGAGUCUUUCAGAUGAAGGUGCCAAACAAGAUGGAGGACGUUUACGUGGGCGAUGUCGUUGAGAUGACUGAGAUGGCGAAGGAUUCGCUGCCCGUGUGGCUGCACUGGGACGCCAGCAGCCGAGUCCUGCAGGGUCUCCCUCUGGAGGAGGACAAAGGCGUCCAUUACAUCUCCGUGUCCAUCUCCAACAACACCAAAUCCACAUCCUCUGAGGUCUUUUCCAUUGAGGUACACCCUGAAGAUCACUCGGACUCGGACGCAGCCCAGUCAGGGUCCAACCAAGCCCCCACUGAAGACGCCGUCCAGCCGUUCAUGUGUGGCAACGAGGAGCCUGUCACUGUUCUGACGGUGAUUCUGGACGCUGAUUUAACCAAGAUGAACUCGCAGCAGAGGGUGGAGCUCCUGGAUAACAUGAAGGUUUUCUCAGGGGUGGAGCUGCAGCACAUGAAGAUCCUCCCUGUGGUCAACAAUCGGCUGUUUGACAUGUCUGCUUUCAUGGCCGGGCCAGGAAAUGCUAAAAAGGUGGUGGAGAAUGGUGCUCUGCUGUCGUGGAAGCUUGGCUGCUCACUGGACCAGAACACCGUCCCCAAUAUCGACAGUGUCCAGGCUCCGGCGAAGGAGGGCACGAUGUCGGCCAUGCUCGGUUACCCGGUGGUGGGAUGGCACAUUGCCAACAAGAAACCUCAUGUCCCAAAGAGAGUUAGGCGGCAAUUAAACAACACUCCUACACCUGUUCUGGCUGUGGUCCCCCCGACGACUGUCGUGGAGCCUCCGGUGAGGAUUAUCCCAACUCUGUCCUCCCCGUCUAUAGCUGCACCUACUGAAAGCUCUGCUCCCCCUGUACGAGGCCCAGUUCCCCUUCCAGGAAAGCCUACAAUCAAAGUCCGUGACUCGAUUGCUCACACUCCCACACUGGGACCUCCUCAACCAACACGGGUGAUAGAGACCACCAGCACGAUCCCCAUCCAGGCGACCAUGACCAGGCCUAUUUAUGUGGAAGCCACAGCCACACCAUCCACACCCACCAGACGACCUACCAAGAAACCCAAGAGGCCUAAAACAACACUUGUGCCCAGAGAGCCAAAGACCUCAACAGCAAAACCGGCCGCACGCACCACCCCGUCACCUGGCAUCAUCCCAGAUCCAUACAAUCACAAGCCUAUAUUGAGUAAUCCCCUCGACCAGGUCGACGCAUUGGUCGGCACGUAUUUCGAGGUUAAGAUUCCAUCUGAUACGUUCUUUGACAAAGAGGACGGAUUAACAGAAAAGCUACGUCUCACCUUGAGACAGAACCACAAUGAAGUGGUGGGAGAAGGUUCUUGGAUUCAGUUCAACACCACCAGCCAACUUCUCUACGGUCUACCUGAUAUGCAGCAUGUGGGAAAACAUGAAUAUUACAUGUACGCCACAGACAAAGGUGGCCUCAAUGCAAUAGAUGCUUUUGAGGUCCGAGUGAACCGCUGGCCCAUCAAUGACAAGACACCAGUGAUUUUCACGGCGCGAUUGGAAGGGGAGCCGCGGUCGGUCACUCAUGACAUUCACAAGAAAAUCCUUCUGGUCAAAAAGUUGGCGUAUGCCCUCGGGGACCGCAACAGCAGCACAGUGAGUCUUCGGAAUAUCAGCAAAGGCUCCAUUGUGGUGGAGUGGACAAACACGAGCCUCCCACAGCAUCCUUGUCCGAGGGAACAGCUCGCUGUCAUGAGUAGAACACUCGCCAACGCUGAUGGUAGGCCCUCGCAGACAUUGAGAUAUGCGAUGGAGCCUGAAUUUAGACCCCUGGACGUCAGUGUCAAAGGAAGGGCGAGCUGCAGAAUGUAUUCCUUCAUCCCACCGGGAGAGAUUGAUAUUCCAGAUCCUCCAGCUGUCACUCCAGGUCUGGGAACAAGCCGGCACAGCACCGACGACGUCUAUCUCCACACCGUCAUUCCUGCUGUGGUGGUCGCAGCAAUCUUGCUAAUAGCAGGUAUCAUUGCGAUGAUCUGCUACAGGAAGAAGCGAAAGGGCAAGCUGACCAUCGAAGACCAGGCCACCUUCAUCAAGAAAGGCGUGCCCAUUAUCUUCGCAGACGAACUUGACGACUCUAAGCCCCCUCCGUCUUCCAGUAUGCCCUUGAUUCUGCAGGAAGAGAAGCCUCCACUUCCACCCCCCGAGUACCCCAACAUGGCCACGCCAGAGACCACACCCCUAAACCAGGAAAUGCUAGGGGAGUACACAGCACUGCGGGAUGAGGACCCCAACGCCCCCCCAUACCAGCCGCCACCUCCCUUCACGGCUCCCAUGGAGGGCAAGGGCUCCCGUCCCAAGAACAUGACUCCAUACAGAUCUCCACCUCCCUACGUGCCACCCUAAGACUUGCUCAGCCCUCCCCUCGCAGGGAGGAGGGAGAGGAUGCCUGAGGAACUGCAAUGGUUUCCAUUCUGGUGUCUGUCUGGACAUUUACAGGGAGAGAUGUCAAAGAGGUGCUAAAGUACAACACAGCUACAAGGGGUUUUGGUUUGGGUGGGGGGGUCGGGGACAGCUGGGAGGGACUACUGUCUUUUGUGGUAGCCCAGCUGCUACAGUGGCCUCAGACAAACACGUUCUGGUCAGCACUGGCUCUGGGGUGGAGACGAGCGCUUCUUUCCCAGCAGCAUUUCAUGAUUCUCCUCCGUUGAUUUGGCUUUAAUUUUCCUUUUUCAUCUUGAUCCAACAUUUUCAGUCAUUUGCCUAAGAACUCUUUUGUGUGAGGAGACCGCGUCCUGCCGUGAGACCGCUGCAGGCAACAACUGGGUUUUUUAUGAUAUGCAGGAUCUCAGCUCACGCAUGAAUGAGUGGGUGUGGUUAUUCAGAUUCAGUACAGUUUGCCUUUUAACACUCGUUGUGUGUUUAUAUCUUUGUUCAUAUGUUUAGUAAAGAUGAGAAUAACAAGGUAGUCUAAACCAUUUACAGAUGAAUAAUCUUUGUGUUUCUUUCUUUCAUUUGUUUUUAAGAAACUAAAGAAACUGUGUGAGCUUUUUUAUUCCUGUUUCGAUUCGAUUCAGUUUUAGAACCUUGCUUCACUAAUUUCACAGAAUUUCAAAAUAAAAGCGUUGACUUUCAUACGUAAAGGAGUCAAAACGGCAGCUUUAAGGAAAACAAGCGGCUUUAUGUGGAGGGUGUCGCUGUGGGCGGGUUCAGGUGAGGAAGUCGCUCACUGCAGGCCGACAAAAUAAAAGCCCAGUGGUUUGUUUGAGGUCGAAAGAAAAAACAAUAAAUCUGCAUUUGCACAAUUCAGCUCUUCUGGUCCUCGUGUGCCAAAACUCAAGUGUUCGUUUUCGGAGUUGCAGUGAAGACUGUGUGUUUCAGGUUUUACAGUUGGGAACUCAUUUGUCAAGUGAUGAAUCCAGAGAUAUUUUUCAAACAACACUUUAUGAAUCAAGCAAAAAAUCAGAAUCACGGCACAACUGCUCGAUUCAUAAGGUGUUUGAAAAUGUUGUGACGUCACAGUUUAACAUCAUCAGCAUCAACAGGAAGAAGAACUCUGCACCUCCUCCUCCUCCUUCUUCUUCUUCUUCUUCUUUUUAUAUGUAGUCAGGUUUGUUUCUUCUCUCAGGAUGAAAAGAAUAUUUGUGCCGUAAAAGUGAUUUUGGAGGCGGAGUUAAAGAUCCCGACAGAAGAAAAGAAUUUCUAAUAAUUAGCAUAAUUAACAUAAUCUUCUAAUUUUCUUUAUUUGAACUGUUUUGAUACAGCCUCAGAUGAUUUGAUGAUUAGUAAAACUUUAGUGUAGAAGUUUAAUGAUUCAUUUAUGUGUAUGUUCAUUUCUUUUAUCGCAUAUUAAGUGUUUUAUUUUACCGCGUGUGCGUGUGCUAAUGUUUCCGCCCACUAUAGCGAGAUGAAUGACUCAUGUUUUACAUAAUCACACAUUUGAUUUUCAUGUUUGCUGAUGAGUUUCUACUGAAAACAAAGUGACUUUGCAAUAACAAUGACGUGAAACGACGAGUUGUCGUUCUUUUGCAGGAUGCCAAGGCUUUUUGCUGCGAGUGUGCGUUGUCAUAAUAAAACUGGUACGAUCAAAAUAAAGAAAAAAUCGACCUGU